AAGUGGGCGGAAGAGGCGACAAAACAUGGUGCUUCAUAAAUUAUGGAGCGGUCCGUGGCAGCCCAGGGAAUUGAAGGACGAGGCGGAAUUCGAGAGGAGGGCGAGGCGGAGGAGCGGGAAGGCGAGAACUGGGCGCAAAGAGCGAGAGGGUUAGAAACGCAGCGCUGCAGAUGAGAUGAGAUGAGAUGAGAGGGGAGGACAGGAGACGGGCACAUGAGCCGACGAAGAUGAAAUCGUCAGGAGGCUGGCAGGGCUACGGUGGAUCUGAAUCCUCGGUAGGCGCUCUCGCGAGGCGCGCUUGACGAAUCCUAUCGACCUCAUUUAUCUAUCGACCUCCGUUCAUUUCCUUCGGAGCUUUCGGUCUUUUCUCUCUCGGCCUCUCGUUCGUCCCUCGAUUGCAAUAACAGAAUCGUCAGCGGUCGAGGUCGAGACGAGCCGAGGGUGCGGACGCAAAGGACGAGGACAUGGAUUUCCGGAGCGCAGCUGGGAGACCGUGCAGGAAGCGAGGAGUUUGCGCUGCGAGGUGAACGUCCUGAUGUGCCUUGAUUACACGCGGAGAGCGUCAGGAAGGGCAAGCUUUGCAGAGGAGGUUUGACGGUGGACGACGCCAUUCAGAGGUGUGGAAGUCGGCAGAUUUUCGGGAGCUGCACAGGAGGAAAGAUGGAUAAAGUAAACGAUCUGGUCGUGAAGUUUUGUCGCCCCAUUCCCGAGGGAAACUGGGCGAAAAACUUGCAAAAUGGUUUUGGAGCAUUUACUCCUUGUUUCAUGGAGACUGUGGUCGUGAAUGUCUCAUAUUUGGUGCUCCUUGGAUUGACUCUGAAGCGCAUUCAGCUUUUGCGAUCGCGUAAUCUCAAAAGGUAUACCGUGCGGUACAAGUUCAUGCACGUUAUUGCCGUCUUGUUGGCCCUAGCGUGUGCUGCCGCGCCCAUCGUCCAAAUCUUCCUCAAGUUUUCCAUCAUCAACACUGAGGGGCAGGAUAAUCUGCCUCCAUUCGAGAUCACGAGUCUGGUAAUAAAGUUCUUGACAUGGGCGGCAGUCACGUGUAUGUUUUGUACCCAAUUUUUCGCCUAUGUCACGGAGUACAUGUGGCAUAUCCGCUUCGGGAUUCUCUACACGCUGGUCGCCGAAUUAGCCCUGUUCCGGGAUGUUCUGGAACUGCGCGAUUACUACGACAAAAUGGUGUUUGAAUUCUACGUCGGCACUGGCAUUUGCGAGAUACUGCUUGCUGCAAUCCUUGUAUUCUAUUUCCCGACUUUGGUGGUAUUUACAGGAUAUACGCCUAUCCUGACGCAAGAGGAGCCCAACUCGUCUGGAGAAUACGAGGCCCUUCCCGCCGGGGACGAGGUUUGCCCAGAAAGACGUGUCGGGAUUUUCUCACAGCUCCUAUUUACCUGGAUGACUCCUUUAAUGAAGCAGGGUUUCAAAAAGCCAAUUACAGACAGAGAUGUUUGGCAGCUCGACGAUUGGGAUCAGACUGAGCAUUUAUACGGAGAAUUCAAGAAAUCUUGGGAUAAAGAGCGACUGAAAGAAAACCCAUGGUUGUUGAGGGCACUGAAUGAUGCCCUAGGUGGCCGGUUCUGGCUGGGUGGGGUCUUCAAGAUUGGGAAUGACGCAGCACAGUUUGUCGGGCCUGUUGUUUUGAAUCUUCUCCUGCAGUCUAUGCAAAAUGGAGAACCGGUAUACAAGGGGUAUGGUUUUGCGGUUAUUAUCUUCGUUGGUGUGAUGGUGGGUGUCAUCUGCGAAGGUCAAUACUUUCAGAAUGUUAUGCGUGCUGGCUUCCAUACACGUUCAACUCUGGUGGCAGCUGUAUUUAGGAAGUCCUUGAGGCUGACUCAAAAUGGUCGUAAAAACUUCGCGUCUGGUAAAAUUACAAACUUGAUGACAACUGAUGCCGAAGCUCUACAGCAAAUUUGCCAGCAGUUGCACGGUCUGUGGUCAGCACCUCUUCGAAUAGUUGUGGCGAUGGUUUUACUCUUUCAGCAACUUGGUGUUGCAGCCAUCCUUGGUGCACUCGUUCUCAUCCUUAUGUUUCCUGCACAGGCAUUUCUUAUAAACAGAAUGCGAAUUUUGGCCAAAGAAGGUUUAGUACGUACAGAUAAGCGCAUUGGUAUUAUGAACGAGAUUUUAGCUGCUAUGGACAUUGUGAAAUGCUAUGCAUGGGAGAUGAGUUUUAGGGGUAAGGUUUUGACGAUACGGCAAGAUGAACUCAGCUGGUUCCGAAAAUCACAGUUGCUAGCUGGGGUGAACAGUUUCCUUCUCAACAGUAUUCCAGUGUGUGUUACUGUCCUUGCUUUCGGCUUGUAUUCUGUGAUGGGCGGAGAUCUGACACCAGCAAAGGCCUUUACUUCUCUUUCUCUUUUUGCGGUGCUGAAGUUUCCGCUCUUCAUGUUUCCCUCACUGGUUACUCAGGCAGUCAACGCGAAUGUAUCGCUGAAGCGGUUGCAAGAGCUUCUUCUAGCAGAGGAGCGUGAAUUACUUCCAAAUCCACCUCUUGAACGAGGAAAACCUGCCAUUGAAAUGAAGAAUGGCACGUUCGCUUGGAGUGUUCAGGCAUCGAAGCCAACACUUUCCAACAUCGAUAUGGCCGUGAACAUCGGUGAGCUAGUCGCCAUUGUCGGAAGUACGGGAGAAGGCAAAACCUCACUUAUAUCUGCUAUGUUGGGCGAUCUGCCUGCCAUCACGUCUGAGACAGAAGUUGUGCUUCGAGGCCAAGUGGCUUAUGCUGCACAAGUUUCCUGGAUUUACAAUGCUACUGUGAGAGACAAUGUUUUGUUUGGUGCUCCAUACGAUGCUGCUCGGUAUAACCAUGCCAUACACGUGAGUGCAUUGGAUCGAGAUUUGGCAUUACUUCCGGGAGGAGAUCUUACAGAGAUUGGUGAACGAGGUGUAAAUAUCAGUGGCGGACAAAAGCAACGAGUUUCCAUUGCACGUGCAGUAUACUCCAACGCAGAUGUGUACCUAUUUGACGACCCUCUUAGUGCCUUAGAUGCACACGUAGCUCGGCAGGUUUUUGACAGUUGCCUUCGCGAGGGAUUGAAAGGCAAGACUCGAGUUCUUGUAACCAAUCAACUACAUUUUCUGUCACAAGUGGACAAAAUUAUUCUUGUUCACGAAGGUGAAAUUAAGGAACAAGGUACUUAUGAAGAACUUAUCCAAAGCGGGCCUUACUUCCAGAAGCUCAUGGAAAAUGCUGGAAGUAUGGAAGACAGUGUAGAAGAUGAAGAGGAAGAGGAAGGAGAAGCGGAAACUGGAGAUGCCUUCAUGAAUGGUGGCAACACGAACACGCCAAAGUCUCCUUCAUUGGAUAAGAAGAGCAGCAGCAAGAAAUCAGAUUCUAAGAGUAAGGACAAGUCAGUCCUUAUUAAGCAGGAGGAGAGGGAGACCGGUGUAAUUAGCUUGAAAGUCUUGGAAAGAUAUAAGAUCGCGCUGGGUGGUUUCUGGGUAGUCUUUGUUUUGUUUGCAUGUUACAUCAUGGCGGAGGUUGUGAGGUUAUCCAGUAGCGCGUGGCUCAGUAUUUGGACCGAUGACUCAAAGCCCAAAACUCACGGAGUCGCCUAUUACAAUGGGAUUUACGCUGGACUAUCUUUUGGUCAAGUCACAGUGACACUGGCAAACUCCUUCUGGCUGAUUCUUUCAAGUUUGUCAGCUGCGCAACGUCUUCAUGAUGGUAUGCUGGGCGCGAUUCUAAGAGCUCCCAUGUCAUUCUUUCACGCCAAUCCUGUCGGCCGAGUAAUCAAUAGGUUUGCCAAGGAUACAGGUGACAUCGAUCGGAACGUUGCCCUUUUUGCGAACAUGUUUCUGAGUUCCGGGUUCCAGUUGUUAUCAACUUUUGUUCUUAUUGGAGCAGUGAACAGUCUGUCACUAUGGGCAAUUUUACCAUUGCUACUUGCCUUCUAUUCUGCGUAUCUAUAUUUCCAGACUACUGCUAGAGAGGUCAAGCGCUUAGACUCCGUGACACGUUCACCAGUCUAUGCACAGUUUGGAGAGGCCCUGAAUGGGCUUUCUACAAUUCGUGCGUAUCAAGCCCACGACCGAAUGGCCAGGAUCAAUGGACAGUCUAUGGAUAUCAACGCCAGAUUCACUCUUACAACUAUGGGUUCAAACAGAUGGCUAGGUGUCAGGCUUGAGUUUAUUGGUGGAAUGAUGAUAUGGUUGACGGCAUCACUCGCUGUCUUUUCAAACGCACGGUCUAGUAAUCAAAAAGCCUUUGCUCCUCAGAUGGGUUUGCUCCUCUCCUACACCCUCAACAUUACUUCCGCAAUGACCGCAGUUUUGCGUCUUGCCAGUUUGGCCGAGAAUAGCUUCAAUGCUGUUGAACGAGUCGGAACCUAUGCGGAUCUGGAACCUGAAGCCCCCCUUGUGAUCGAGAAUCAUAGACCACCUCCCGGUUGGCCUUCAGCAGGAGCUGUUGAAUACAAAGAUGUUGUCAUGCGUUAUCGUCCAGAUCUUCCUCCUGUCCUUCACGGCAUAUCUUUGAAAAUCAGGCCUAUGGAAAAAAUUGGUGUCGUUGGUCGUACUGGAGCCGGAAAGUCGAGCAUGUUCAAUACCCUUUUUAGGAUUGUGGAAGCUGACAGCGGGAUGAUCUUGAUCGAUGGUCUCAAUAUUGCUGAAUACGGUGUCCAGGAUCUGAGAAAAGCCUUGGGCAUCAUUCCUCAGGUCCCAGUCCUUUUUUCAGGCACCAUCCGGUUCAAUUUGGAUCCCUUUUCGGAGCACAAUGACGCAAGCCUCUGGGAAGCGCUAGACCGAGCUCAUUUGAAGGAAGUCGUGAGGCGGAAUGCCAUGGGUCUCGAGGCUGAGGUGCUUGAGGGUGGCGAAAACUUCAGUGUCGGGCAACGACAACUUUUGAGUUUAGCACGCGCUCUCCUGCGAAGGUCGAAAAUUCUCGUACUUGAUGAGGCAACGGCUGCUGUUGAUGUGGGCACAGAUGCUCUCAUUCAGAAAACAAUUCGUGAGGAGUUCAAAUCUUGCACCAUGCUUAUCAUAGCCCACCGGUUGAAUACAAUUAUUGACAGUGAUCGUAUAUUGGUUCUUGAUGCCGGAAAGGUGGUUGAGAUGGAUACUCCCGCAACUCUUCUCUUAAACGAGAACUCUGCAUUUGCUGGAAUGGUUCGCAGCACAGGGGCUGCCAAUGCUAAGUAUUUGCAGCGCAUCGUGAUGGGAGAGUUGGAUAUGAAAGCUGAAAUGGAGGAACAUGCAAUGGAGGAACAAAGGAACAUGGAGGCGUCUGCAAGAUGGGCCAGCGCAGCCAGAUGGGCUUUGGCUCUGAGUCUCACCGGCUCGCAUGAGGAGCUGGAUGCAAUUGUAAAAUCAGAUAGAGCAGAGAGUAUGCUUACUAAAGCUCGAGAUGCAGCACAUACACUACAGGAGGUGUUGUUAGGGCACCAUGAUGGUGUUAUAGACGAAGAGUUGCGAGAACGUCAAGUUUCCAAAGAGCGAUGGUGGUUUUAUCUGCUACGGGUUGUUGAAGGGUUGGGAGUAAUGGCACAGCAAGUUAGAAGUUCUCUUAACAACGAGGAUGCUCUUCAAGUAGAUAGAUCAUCAUUUAACUGGGGUCGGAUGGAUUCACUAGGCAGGGAGGAGUAGAUUUUGGUACAAAUUCGUACUCGGAGAAGUCAACUUCUUGUUGGCAAUGUAUAUUGAACCCGCUUAUAUAUCGUUGCCAUGGCUUAUGAAACCCUUCUAACCAAGCCACCCACCUAGUUCAUCGAAUCAAUUCCACAAGGCCAUGUCAGUUUUGUGAAUAUGUAUUCAGUUAAAGUUCAACGCGUGGGCAGAAUUAAGUCGGACCCGAGCGCCAUGAGCGAGACUCCGAAGCUCUUUGGGGAUCUAAAGGAUAGCUUAUGUAAAAUACGGCUUAUUUUUGCGAAUUGAUGACACAAGUGGAAGUGAAAUUUAAGGUGAAGUUUUAAUGGGGCCGCAUUGACGUAUCUGAAGUAAAAAGCGUCUCUGAGAAUCAUGGCUCCUAGCCAUAAGUGUUACCACCAACCUCUGUUGAAUUUAUUAUCCAUCUUUGUACUUCAAACUUCUAUUUUUGUGGAGCAAUUUACAGUAUC